CAACAGCAGCAGCAGCAACAGCAGUAACAGCAGUAGACGAGGUUCAACACCUCACUAACCAUUAUCACUUUCCUCGCUCACGUACGACAUUAUCAUCCAUUAAUUCUUACUUUUAUCUGUUGUCAGAGGUGUGUCACUGAGGCAAGAAUGGUGCAGCUGACCUGCAGUUGCCUCAACAUUCGCUUGCAUGUGCAAGAAACAGCUGAUGCUCUGGUGACAGGAAUACCGAAUCUUACACAAGAAGAAAGUCAGCAUCCUUUCUUCUUAAAGGGUGCAUGUUUGGUCACCUUAAGUUUAGGUGGGAUAACAGAAGGACAGAAGUUCUUGGUUCGUACUUUUCAUGUUGGUGGCUGGACUAUUGAAGAGUGUCUCAACUGUCACUUAAUGACACAUGCCACGCGAGGCCCUAGUGGACCUAUUGCUGCUAGUGUUUCAUUAAUAAAAGAUUCAAGCAGGAUUCAGAUAUUACAGAGAUGUGAAAACUACUCUCCUGUCUUUUGUAUGGUCCUGCCUUCAUCCUUAGAUAAUCGCCCACUGCCUCCGCUCUCACCCACCGACUUUACUAACGAACGAUCACCACAGACUGAAGCAGCUCUUGGUGCCAUCCAGCAGCAGGUGUCAAGGUUCCUCAAGAAGGCAGAAUCCCAAGUUGAAACCAACAUUCGUGCAUAUACAGACCAGCAGCAAGCUGCACUCCAUGCUCUCCAAACACGAGCACGCAGGGAUAGACAGACUAUCAUGAGACUUCUUGCCAACAUCCAGAGAAGGAUAGAAUCACAAAUGGAGGAUGAUCCCCUAGCCACUUUUGAGAUGGAUGGUGCAAGUGGAUGUAUCAAACGAAUGGACUCCCUCAAUACUAUGGAAAAGUCUGAGACCUUUCACAAAAAUACAGAUGAAGUUGAUGAUAAUACAAGAGAUGUUCAGGAUGAACAUGAUGUUGCACUUCCACCUCUCAACAUUCAGAACAAAACUUCACAACCUGUGAAUAUGAACACAAGUCAAGGAAUAACAGGAGGAAUGCAUAACAUGCGCAUUUCAUCAUCUGUAACAGUACCAAGAAUAAAGCCUCAGGGUAAUGUCCAUAUAGCACAAUCUUUGGAUGUGGAGGGACUGUUUGACAUGGAAGGAAUGAUGGAAGCAAAUGUAAUGCCACCACAAGCCAACUUUCCUUCAGAUGAUGAUGACACUGAUGGUUUGUAACUGAAGCAUUUUUGUGGACUGGUUGGUAGGUUUAACUAAACCACAGUCAAAGUACGAAGAUUUGCUUUUAUCCAUCAUCAUAAUAAGAGUUGAAGCAUGUUUUGCUUGUCUGUACCCUAUAAUCUCUGAUCACCAAGUGUGGUUUGGCAUAGAAUCCGUGAAACAUCUAAAUUAUUGGGAACAUCUUGUUACAGUUCAGUUGUCUUCUCUGUAACAGAAAGAGAGAGAAAGAGAUAAUAUAUACAUGGAAGGUACUUGAGGGGCUAGUCUCUAACCUACACACUGCUGUAACAACUUAGAGUAAAAAAUAUGGGAGAAAGCAUAGAAUAAACCCAGUGAAGAGUAGGGGGAUCAUAGAUAAAAUUAGAGAAAACUGUUAUCCAUGGCUCAUGACUUUUUCAACAUGCUACCAGCAGAUAGAAAUUCUGCCAGAAUGAAGCUAGAAGUUUUCAAGAAGCUGAACAGCUUUCAUCUACAAAUGCUGGAUCAGCUGGAGUGCAAUGGUUUUUGUGGGCCUGCAGGCUGCUAUUACAAACAGCCUUGUUGACCAGGAAGUCAACAGAUAAACCUGCCCACAGGCCAGGUUGUGGGAUGUAAGAGCCUCAGUAUUUCUCACAGGUAAAGAAGUGGACAUCAGUUGCAGCUUUCGUAGUGCUGGGGAAUGCAAGUGUUACCUUUUAUUGUGUAAACGCCACACUUGCUUCAUUUCUCUGGGCUCAUGAGGUUCAUGAGGGCCCUCUGACUAACUUCAAGACUUGUGACAGCUUCUUCCACUCUUCAAUAUUUUCUUUAGAAGAUGACCAUUCAUUUUGUCUUUAAUCAUCUUUAAGGAUGCAUAGAUAUUUAUAUCUGUGUACUUGCAAACAUAUAUUCAUGCAUGCAUAUAUUCUAAUAUAUAUACAAGCAUAAAUUCAAAUAUACAUUUUGUUUAACAUGCUGGACAUCUCCAACUGAGGCAGGGUGACCCGAAUAAGACACUUUCACCAUCAUUUACGCUAUAACUGUCUUGCCAGAGGUGCGCAGAUACGGCAGUUUAGAUGUCCCUUUAAACAGCAGAUAUCCCAAGCCCUUCCUUUAGAGUGCAGGCAUUGAACUUCCCACCUCCAGAACUCCAGCCUGGCUAACCAAUUUCCCUGAAUCCCUUCACAAAAUAUUACCCGGCACACUCUCCAACAGCUUGUCAAGUCCCAAAAACCAUUUAUUUCCACUCCUAUCUGACAUGGUCACACAUACCUGCUGUAUAUCCAAGCUGUUUACACACAAAGCCUCCUUUACCCCCUCCCUCCAUCCUUUUCUAGGACAACCCCUACCCUGCCUUCCCUCCACUACAGACAAACACACCCUCCAAGUUGUCCUAUUUUGCUCCAUCCUCUCUAAAUAUACAUUUUUUAUUUUUAAAUGUUGGCUGUUUCCCACUGAGGCAGGGUGACCCAAAAAGAAAGAAAAACCCAAAAAGAAAGAAAGAAAGAAAAACUUUCAUCGUUCAACACUUUAACCAUCACUCAUACACAAUCACUGUCUUUGCGGAGGCGCUCAGAUAUGACAAUUUAGAUGUUCCUCCAAACUGCCAAUAACCCAA